AUCAGUUUGUUUUGUGAUUCCAACAAAUUUCAAGUACUUUUUAUCCGAUUUGGUGAUUAAGUGAUUUGGUUAAUCUUCUAAUUAAUCUGUUUACUUUAAUUGUUGAGAGAAUAUAAUUUGUCUACCAUUUGAGAGGGCAACAAUAUCUUUUGUUAGAAUAUAAAAAAAAACAACCCAAUUUGGAUUCUUUAGAUUUAGAGUAAAACCAAAUGGGUUAACAAUUGAAUCUAUUGUUUUUGUUUUCCUGCUUUGUUAACAAUUGUUACUAAUUUAAUUACUCUGGACUCAAUUUAAUAGCUAAUCAGUGACGAUGAGUCAACAAAUUUGUCCAUUUCUAAUGGUUAAAACAAUUGAUUCUCGCCUUCUUUGUUUGUGUUUUAAUUACUCUUCAAAUUUAUAUCAACACGUGGAUGUUGUUAACUUGUUCAUUUCAUUUUCUUAACAGUGUUAAUGUUUAUCCUUCACUUUACCGAUUUUCUUCAUCUCCAAGACAAAUUUAACCCAAUCAACAAUCUAAAUCACAAUUAGAUGGUGAACAAUUAAUCACAUAACAACCAAGUUGAUUCUCCAUUGAAAAUAUUACCCGUUGUUGUUGGAAACCAUAACAUCCGCUGUUGGAAAAUAUGGUUAUCGUUAAUUAAUUAAUUUUCUACCUGAUAAAUUUCUCCCUCUCCUUUUUUUCCCUUCUUUCUAUUCUUGAUCAUCUCUUUGUUUCUUUAUUCAAUUGCAAUCAGUGCUAUUGAUCCUUAAAUUGUUUACCAAUAUGGCGAAGACUCCGUGUGCCGUUUUUUGGGAUAUUCAAAAUAUUGGUGUUCCAAAGGGUCAAUCAGCUGCUUCGGUUGUUUCCCUUAUUCGUUCAUCCAUAAUUAACCUUUACAAUUUACGUGAGAUUUACUUCUACUGUGUCUGUGAUGUGACCAAAUUACCUGCUCAUGUCGGUAAUCCGUUGACCAACAAAGAUGUCAACAUAAUCCAAGCCUACGAUUAUACUAAAGAUUCAGCUGAUAUUAAAAUAUUGGACUUGAUGAGGAAAUUUGUUGAAAAUCAAGGGAGAAAAGGAUGUGCAAUAAUUUUAUUAAGCGGCGAUGGUGAUUAUGUUGGUACACUUAUCGAUCUCAAGAAACUUCAUAAUAUCUCAAUUUUCUUGAUUCGUUUGGAAAAUUCUUUCUCAAUUAAACUCGAGCAAACUGCCAAUUAUACAUUCGUAUUGUCCAAAGGUCAAUUACAACCGGUACAAUCUCUUGGAUCACCUCAGGCUUUUGUCUCAUUCAGCCGAUUUCCUAAAACUCGACCGAUCAAUUUAAUUAAAUCUGAUCUUAAUGGUUUAACCCAACCCUAUGGUAGCAUUGAUAAAAGUGCCAUUGAUCAUGACGAUACAGUAAUCAUUGGAUUUCCAAGUUUGGAAUUGGCACUUUUAGCUGUUAAACGGUUCAAUACAUCUCGAUAUCAUGGAACUUUUUUGAAAGCAGAAAUUUUAUCAAAUCCACCCACCGAAAUUGUAAACAAGGUGAAAAAUACCUGCACCCCUGUUCCUAUUGUAAUCCAACCAAAGCAAACAGUUAAAAAAGUGAAUCCUGAACGUCAAGAAUUACCUGAUAGUCAAAUGUUGACAUUUAUCAAAGUCUCUCAGUUAACUGAUUUACUAUCAGAAGUUGAAUUAACUCAUCAUUUUGCAAAAUUAACUAUUCCAUAUGAAAGUAAAUAUGUUAAAUUUCACCAAUCGUCAAUUUGGAUCGCUUUUCCAAGCACUAAUCAAGCACAAGAAGCACUAGUUAAGCUUAAAUCAUCUCUAUUACUUGGUAAACCGAUACUCGCCGCUAUAACCAGCCCACCGCUUGAUCUACUUAGCUCAUCAGUGAGACAGGAGUUGAUUCUGCCAUCAGAUCCUCCAUCUUCACCAAUUACGCCACCACAGCAACAACAAUCAACCUCAUCACUGUCAUCAUCUCAUUCAGAAUCACAAUCAACAACAAAAAUAACCUUGAAAUCUGAAGGUGAACAAAGUUCAAGCUUAAAUAAUUCAACCGAUAUUCAAAGUUCAGAUGACACCAGAGCAGUUCUACAAGGUUUUGAUCAAGAUUUUAGUUCUGGUCGAGCUCAACAAAAUCACUUUAUCUGUUUAUCGGGAUAUUCUGAAUCAACGUUCCAAACAAAAUGGUCGCUAACUUAUAAAAUUUUACUUGAAACUCGAGAUCAUCAUCCUAAAAAACUUUUCAUUGAAGAUCAACUUGUUUGGCUUUGGUUUACAAAUGCAACUGACCAUUCACAAGCUCUAAAUUUGAUAAACUCAGAGUUAAUUAAAGAUUGGCCAUCCAUCAAAGUCGAUUCAAAUUGUUCACCGAAACUCAACCUAUCAGAAUUGGCGUCUUCUUAUUGCGAAUCUAAUCCUUGGUGUUUCACUUCAGAUUUUGACUUGUAUUUCCUUAGAGUUGAUGCUAAUGAUGUGAUGACUGAUGAAAUGGAAAAGAUAAUCAGAGAGAUUGUAAAUGAAACUCAAGUUGAUCAUAAGCUCAAUUGUAUUUUUAUCAAAACAAAGGGAGAGUCGAUUUGGGCCGCAUUUCCUGAUGGGAUGUGUUGCCUGGAUGCCGAAUCUUUGAUUGGAGCUCAUCAACAAAUCAAUUCGAGCGUUAAAUUAACAUGGACUAAUUCUUCGCCACUUGAAUUGUUACAAUCGAUCUCACUGGAAGAUCUUGUCGGAGAUGCUAAACAACUUGCCGAAAUUCUGGCUAAACCAAUAGAUAACAAUAUUGAUCCUGAUUUAGAAACGUUGGAAGGUCAAAUGGAGUCAAUCGCAAUUGAAUCAUCUACUAUUGAUAUUAUCGACUCUUCAUUUGAAGAGAGUGAAGUUAAAACACCAAGUACACUUUGGGAAUUGCAAGGAGAGAAAUAUGAAGAACUAGAAGCUGAAAUUCAGGGGCAACUUUGUUUUGCUCAAGGAGCAAAGGAUGAAGUAGAAAUUGUUUCAUCACCAACUGAACUUAUCGAUACUUUUAUCUGUCUGAUGGGCUCUACGAAUGCUGCUUUUCCAACUCCUUGGUCUUUAUUCAUCAACGUUGUAAGCAAACUGAAGACAAUGGGCUUGAAAAAGGUCAUUUUUUUUAAUCAGAUAUUCUGGUGUCAAUUUGAUAAUGAAACGGACCGGGAAAAUGUGCUCGUCAAACUGAACUCGGGUCAACUUAAUCUUUUACCUUUAAUUCAUUCAUCGACAGCACCAAAAAAGCAUGCAAAUACAUCCACUCGAGUUUCUUCAUAUUCCCCCUGUAAUCCUUAUUGUAUCACUGCUGAGUUACGAUUACAGUAUUUCAAGCUUGUAUCGUUGGACCCAAUCGCUAAUUUAACAACUAUCGAGAACAUGGUAAAAGAUACUAAGAAAAUUCUAGCAACUUCGAGUUCAUGUAUUUUCGUUAAGGCCGAUCAAGAUAACGCUAUUUGGGCUGGUUUUCCAAGUGGACGAACUUGUGACAGAGCCAUUGUAUCAGUUCAUAAGAGUAAUACUUGGAAGAUUAGAGUUGACCUUACCCACACCAAACAAGCUCCAAUCCCUUUGUUACAAGGCAUCCAAAUCCAAGAUCUAGUUGGCGAGGCGCUUAAAUUAGCCCAACUUUGGGUGUCUAUCAAUAAACAACAAACAGCAAUAUUAAACUCAACAAUCACAAUCUCAUCAUCCACAUCAUCACUAUCAACAACAUCGACAAUAUCAACUCCAUCAACACCAGAAGCGAAAUCUGCUCGUUCAACUGGAGGAGCACAAUUUGAUAAUCAAACUACUGCUCCUAAAGUAGCUACUCUGUCAUCGAGUGAUAAUGUUUCUCGAUCACCUCGAAGAGUGAGAAGACGUCGUGGUCGAGGAAAAUCGUCUAGUGAGUCAACAUCUACUGCGAAUAGUAAUGGCCGACCUAACGUCAGAUCAAUCACAAUAAAAGCAUCUAGGGUACUGACCCCGAAAGAGAUUCAAUUUGCUAACAUUCGUAAUCAAUUUAUCUGUUUAAAUGGUACAACGAAUGCAGAGAUGGCAACUUACUGGUCAUUGAUGUAUAAUAUUGUCGCCAAAACGAUAGACAAUCAAAUCUACAAGGUGAUCAUGGAAGAGGGUGAUUUUUGGUUAUAUUUUGAGAAAGAUCAUCAUUGUCGAAAGGCAAUCAAGAUGAUAAACGAAGAUGCAAAUUUUUGCAAAUCAUUCAGAAUGAAAAAAUCGAUCUCGCCUUCCAAAAAGUUAUUGGCUACAAUUUCGAGCUACCACCCUGAUAGUCCUUGGUGUUUUAAUCGCCAUUUAGGACUAAGUUAUCUUAAAUCAUCUAAUCAAAUUGGUGACAAUUCAUCAGCUCGAAGCCUAUUAGAUAUAGUCAAGUCAAUAUCCAAUCAAUAUAAAUGUAUAUUUGUCAAGUUUUUCGAGGGAACCAUUUGGGCUGGAUUCCCAAGUACAAGGACCUGCGAGAACGCUAAAAAGACACUUAAUGCAUUUAUAUCUAAAUCAGAUCAGAUGCAAUCGACUGCAACACUUUUCAUUCCGAUAAAUUUACUGGAAUCGAUUGGAACUUCUGAUUUACUUGGAGAUGCAUUAAGUUUAUCACGUCAAUGGUUUGAAAAGCGAAAUGCACUCUCCAGUUAUUCAUCUCAAUGUAGUGAUAAAAGUGACUUGGCUCCGUCAGUUGGUUUUAUCACAACUUCGAUGAGUAUUGAAAGUGACACUGACUCUAAUUCGGUGCUUAGUGACCACUUGAAUACUGAUCGAUAUCCUUAUCAACAACCAUGUUCAAGUGAUGGGGAUGGUGGUUAUCCAUUUUACCCAACAACCACUUACAUGGAUAAUAAGGUUUCCCCUUUUCUAAAUGGUGGUCAAGGAGUUUUCUUAGCCGUUGGUGAUAUUUUCCAGCUACCAAGAAGUCGAUUGAUGUGGAAAAAACAAAUUGUCCAAACUUUAGUUGACUUUAUCGAUAUACCACCGAGAGCAGCUUGUCUGGACAAUUCAGUUGUCCAUUUUCAUUACAAUACCUUGGAGGAAGCUGAAAGAGCUAAAAAAUUCAUCGAGACAAAACUCUUUGAAGAUCAUUUCCAGUUCAAUGGCACCAUUAGUUACGAUGUCCCUGCCUGUUGGUCAGUUAAGCAAAAAUACUACUACAGUGUUCCUCGGACACCACCCGUCCCUCCAAAGAGACAUAUAACUUAUAUUAUCAUCUCACCAGUCGCAAAAAAAGAUAGUCGAUCUUUGAAUAACACAGUGUUAGCAGCACUUCAACCGUUUUAUGUUUACUUCAUCCGCCAUUUUGAAGACUCUCUAUGGAUUGGUAUUGGUAAUCAUGAACAAGCUGAAGCAGCAAUUGUUGCUUUCAAAGAGCAAAAUUGUCUCAAUGAUAAUCUAACAGUUACAAUUGAUAAAAAACUACCUCGAGAUUUUUGGAAAAUAAUUCGAGGUGAAAUUAAACCAAACAGUACAAAUGAACCCACAAGUUCAACAACAACAAUACCAACAAAAAUUGAGCAAAAAACAACUAAUCAGCCAAAAGAAAUUCAAAUUGCAACAUUAAAAGUACAACCAGCUUAUACUUUUGCUCCAUCGGUUUCCACUUCAAAAACACCAGAAAUUAAUAUGAUCGAGAUAAAAAAAUCGCCAAAACUAUCAACGGAGCGAGUCAAACCUUUCAACUCUCCCGUUCUUGUUUUUGCGAAUGGAAAAAGUCCAACUCCGAGCGAAAUUGUCCCGUUCACAUUCAUGUCAUCGGAGUCUCCAAAAUAUCCGAAGCCUUCACCAUCUACAUCAUCAUCGUCCUCAUCAACCUCUAGAAUUGAAACUGGCUCAUUAUCAAUUAAGCCUACGAAUUCAUCUAAUCCAUCGCCAAGUGAUGUACCAUUUUCCCCCACCGCAACCACCACAACUAUUACACCAAAAAGUACAAUUACCUCAAGUGCAAAAUCAAAUGAUUCAAAUGAUUCAAAUGAUUCAACCAAUAACCAAGCAAACAUAAUAUCAACAAUACUACAAAGCUCAUCGACUUCAUAUCUAAUUGUAACGGCUUAUCCAGUAGCGGUAAUGACCAAAGAAGCUGUUGAUGUUAUUAAAAGUAAAUUGGUGAAACAUGGAUGUUUAUUUGUCACCAAAUUGCCUGAUUGUAUUUGCUCAGGUUUCGCUAAUUCAGAGAAACGUAACAGCGCUCAAGUGGAAAUCGAUGGCUCCAAUUACACGGACCCUUUUGGUCAUAAUUACACGUUUUUAACACGAUUCGUUUAUAAACCUCCAUUGAACCUUUUAUCGGCUUUGAAGACCAGCGACUUAACUUUAUCAUCCGCUCAACUUUCAUCAAUUUACUCCGAAAAGUCAUCAACAGCAUCUCACCCAUUAUCACCUUCUUACGUUCCAAACAAUCAACCACAACCACAAGCACGACCAAGACCAUCACCAACAUCAUUCAGCUAUCAAACUUAUUUGCCAACUUCAUCUACUACAAACUAUUCAUAUUAUCAACCGCCUGGAGGUCAAUCCAGACCCGUGAACAAUGAUUCAACUGAGCCAAACACCUCGAACGGUGGAUUGAAUGAUUCGAGUUUCGCCAAAAAGUCAACCAAAAAAAGUAAACCAGCAAACUGUUCUCUAAGUUAAUUCGUUGUUUUAAUCCACCUUUUGAUUAAUUGUCUUUCAAUUUCCUGAUUAAAUGUUAGGAUAGCGAGAAUUUAAUCCAGACUAAUUAUCGCUGAUUUAAUUGUGAGAAAGCGUAAUUUUCAGUUAAAUUUUCAACUAUUUUUUGGUAUAUAAUAUGUUAUCAUAAUUAACUUAACCAAUAUGAAACUUAUUCAUCGUAACUAUUAACAGGCUAAUCAGCUAAUUGUUGAAAAGAUAAUGUUGAUUAGGUAUUGAUACAAUAACAUAAAUUAAAACGAUGUUUAUUUUUAUGAUAAAUUUGAUAAUAAAUUGUGAAGAGACAAAAGCAAUAGAAUCAAAAUCAAUUGUGAUUAAAGAUUGUGAUAAAUUUUUGUAUAAA